AUGCAUUUGAGCGAGAACGAAGGUGUCGAAGGCAACACCUUCGUCGUCACUGGAGGUCUUGGCUUCGUCGGUGCCGCUCUCUGCUUGGAGCUCGUUCGCCGUGGGGCUCGCCAAGUCCGCUCCUUCGACCUCCGUGAUUACUCUCCUUGGUCCGAUGAGCUCAGAAACAGCGGCGUUCGCUGCAUCCGAGGUUCCCUUUCUCUUCCAAUCGAACACUUUUACCCUGCUUUCAGUUUCGAUCUGUAA